AUGUCUAAAGUAUUUUUCGACGUCGAAGUUGACGGCCAACCAUUGGGUCGUAUUGUUUUCACCUUGUACAACGAUGUUGUCCCAAAGACCGCCGAGAACUUCAGAGCCCUAUGUACUGGCGAGAAGGGUUUCGGCUACGCUGGCUGCCCCUUCCACAGAGUGAUCCCAGACUUCAUGUUGCAGGGUGGUGAUUUCACUCACGGUACUGGUGUCGGUGGCAAGUCCAUCUACGGCGGCAAGUUCCCAGACGAGAACUUCGUCAAGAGACACGACAAGCCAGGUUUGUUGUCGAUGGCCAAUGCUGGUCCUAACACCAACGGCUCUCAAUUCUUCGUGACCACUGUUCCAUGCCCUUGGUUGGACGGUAAGCACGUCGUCUUCGGUGAGGUUUCCGAAGGUGCUGACAUUGUCAAGAAGGUCGAGUCUCUAGGUUCCCCACACGGUACCACCAGAGGCCGCAUCGUGGUUGCCAAGUCUGGUGAAUUAUAA